CGCUUCAUUAGUGAUCCUGAAUCCGGCGCACCGACACGACUCGAUUGUGGCGCCAAAUCCGCACUCGCAUUAGCUUAUCUCGCGAAGGAUUCAACAAGAUUGUAGUUUAGAGGCAUUUCGGGAGAAUUAACUAAACUCAAGAAGAAAAUUUCAAAGGAAAGUGUAAAGUGUUAAAUGUACGAAAAACAACUGAACUGCAAAUAAAAAGGACUACAAAGUGAACAAAGGACAUUUAAUUAAAAAAAAAAAGACUGUCAAAAGUGUGAAGUGAAGUGUUAAAUUGAAGUGAUUGCACAUAAGAGAACAAAGUGCAAACUGAUUCCACGAGGAGCCAAUUUACCCAGCAACAGAAUGAUUACCCAUUGGAGCUACCUGCUGCUAGCCACAGGAUUAAUGGCCUUUGCCAGCCCUGCCAUGGCCUACAUCCCGAAGGCGGACAUCCCCGGCGAAGAGCUCUACAACGAGCUGGCCGAUGAAGUUCAGAAACUGCACAGGGAAGAGUUGAAACUGUUGCAAAUCAUGGGCAACAUGGCCGCCAAGCAGCAACAGGACGAGGAAAUACUUCAGCAAGAGCUGCAAAAGCAGCAACCUCCAAACGGAGAUGAACCACUGGUGGAAGACGCCCCGGCGGAGAACCCUGUCAAGGCGUUGAAUCGGCUGGCAAGGCUACAGGAACAUCCAAAAGCACUCAGCUACCAAAAACCUAGGGAGGAAAAGAAAAGCAAUCAUUAUAUGUCGCUGUGCCAUUUCAAACUUUGCAACAUGGGUCGCAAAAGGAAUACUCGAUACUUGAGCUUCUGGAACUAAAUUUAAUUUUUGCUAUGGAGACCCAAUUAAUGAUACUCAACAUCACCAAAAAACACAAAACACGCAAUCAAUGCUUCUCAAACCAACCAAUGAGAUGAUAGAGUCAGAAAUCAGAAAUCCAAUUCCCCAACAACUUAACAGGACUAUGGUCAAAGUAGGCGGUGCCACCCCCUGCGAGACCUCCCACAACAAACUGUAUUACAGCCCUCAACGCUGCCCGGUAACUACGGCGCGACAUCCCAACCGGCCAGUCCCGCAAUUUUACUCAUUUGUAAUUCGAACCUUAGUCCAAAUUCCCAGGAAACCAUUCCAUUCGCAUUCGAACCACAUUCACUACAAAAUCAAAACUGUAUUAGCCAAUUCCUACUUUUAGUUCAAUGGACGAAAAGUAUUCAAUUAUCAUAGGAGAUUGUUUUUAGCUUUAAAUUAUUCGCAGUGCCUAUGUUUAAGAACAAGAAAUCUCACUUUUUUAUAUACGUUACUGUAAACAUAAAAAAAUUAACAAAAAUUGAAUUCACCUACGACAACUAUGACGACGGCAGGCAAACACCUCCAUCCAAGUUGCCGCAGGUUGUUUGUAUUAUUAGGAUUAGAAAAAAUGUUUUUAAUGCUUUUGUCAUUUCUAAUUAUUUAAUCAAAAAAUCAGGAAUCAUCGAAUAUUCUCCUAGAAAUCAUCAUACAUUUUCAAACAAAAACAUAAAUUUAUAAUUUUUCUCAAAAAAGCUGUUCUUGCUGCUUUGUGAAAACUAAAGGAAAUGCUUCUGGCAACCGCUCAAGUACGUUACUUAACUAUGAAACAACUUAAACAAAAUAAAAUCUAAAUCUAAACAUUUCAAAAACCCAUGUAAGCUAUUCUCAUUGUUGAUAAGAUUUUUUCCGAGAAAAACAAAUGACAUUGAAUUCUAGUUGCAUAAUAAUAAAGCUACACUUAUAUUUGAGAAAAGAAUACAGCAAAUCUAUGCCGUGUUACACUGAAGUUGAAGACUAUUUUUGACUGUUGCAAACGAAAUGAAAGAACAAACCAAUCAGUGGUGCGAUCGUCAUGACUCAAUUAGCUAUUGUAUAUGUGUACAUAUGACCCAUACUAGUAGUUGUAAUUAUUACACUUGUUAUUAUCAUUAUUAUCAAUUAUCUAACGGUGGAGAAACCGUUAAUAUUGGAAAAUUCCGACACAAUUGGAGCUGGUAAAAUGCCGAACGAAAUUAUUAUAAAAUUAUUUAUUUCGAAUGAUAUUCAGAAAAUAAAAGAUUUAAAAAGGUAAUCUAA